AUGAAGAAGGCAAUGGAGAGUUUGCAAGAUCUGAUCGAAGAAGCUAAGACUCGAACCAUUUGUUGGGCUCUCUGUAUAUUUGCCGUCUCUUACUUCUUGACACAUACAAGUAAAGCAAUGUUGAUGAAUAUACCCAUUGCUGUACUCCUGGUUUCUGGCCUAAGAAUAUUAUUUAAUAAAGUGGAAUUCCGAUGGAAGGUUCACAAUGCUCGACCUCUUUCCUACUUGUCUCACUUAGAAAAGAAGCAGCUAUCUCCUAAUGAUUCUCGUCUUUCUACCACGCCUCUGCCAUCAAAAUGGAAGAGAAAAGUAAACUCUCCUGCUGUAGAGGCUGCUAUGCAGGAUUUUAUUAACAAGCUCUUGCAAGAUUUUGUCAUAGACUUGUGGUAUUCUGACAUUACACCUGACAAAGAGGUGCCUGAGCUUAUACACGAGAUAAUUAUGGAUGUUCUUGGUGAAGUAUCUGGAAGAGUCAAAGAUGUAAACCUUGUUGACCUGCUGACAAGGGAUGUAGUAGAUCUGGUUGGAGAACACCUAGAACUUUUCAGAAGAAACCAGGCUGCAAUUGGUGUGGAUGUUAUGGGAACAUUGUCUUCUGAAAAACGAGAUGAAAGAUUAAAACACCAUCUUUUGGUUUCUAAGGAGCUUCAUCCCGCUUUGAUAUCUUCAGAGUGUGAGUACAAGGUUCUUCAGCGGCUCACGGGUGGACUUUUAGCUGUUGUUCUAAGACCUAGCGAGGCACAAUGCCCCCUGGUUCGGUGCAUUGCUAGAGAAUUUUUAACUUGCUUGGUAAUGGAACCUAUUAUGAAUUUUGCAAGCCCAAUGUAUAUUAAUGAGUUGAUUGAAUAUAUUUUCCUCGCUAACAAGGAUGAGGGGUUUAAGGGUGCUGGUGCUGAACAGUCACAUGUCCAUGACAAUGCCGUUUCUGCAGCACGUGGUCAAAGCAGUGAAUCUGCUUUGAGGAAAAAUGUAACUGCUCACAAAAAAGGGACUGAUAUGGGUCUACCUCAAAAUGAUGAUAAAAAGGAGUUAUUGUCGCACACUUCUAGAAGUUCUGUAUCAAAUACAAUUCAGGACGAGUCUGUCCACCAGAGGCCUUCUGAAUGGGCUCGAGUGCUUGAGGCAGCAACCCAGAGAAGAACAGAAGUUCUUAUGCCUGAAAAUCUUGAAAACAUGUGGACAAUUGGAAGAAACUACAGACAGAAGCUCCAGAAGAAUACUGCCGGAGUUCCUCGGGUUGCUCGACCAAAAACUUCGGAAAGCAAUAUCAUGCUUAGAAAGGAUUUAGUGACAGAAGUACCAAUUCAAAAACCUGAAAUAUCUAGCAGAAUGGAUGAUAAAGCACUGAUUCAACCACCACCAAGGCCUCAACCAGAUACCGGACUUACUGAUGAGGAUCUUAAUAAGGGAGUUUAUUCUAAGAGAGGCUCUACUGCUGAUGAAUCUGAGAAUUAUAAUUCUGUUUUUCCUCGUGAAAAUAGAAAUCAGCUUAAAAGGUCAAAUAGUACUUCUGAUUUGACAGUUCAACUGAACACGAAAGACAUUUUUGCUAGCAGAGGUGGCACUCCCAUCAUUUCAGAAUUUUAUAAUCCAAAUGUUAGCAGUCACAAUGUAUAUAGCAUCAAGAACGCCUCAGAUAUGUUGGUCCGCAGUGAGGAACUGCAUGAUCCAAAACUAAGGUGCCGGGUUAUUGGAGCAUACUUUGAGAAACAUGGCUCAAAAUCUUUUGCAGUGUACAGAAUUGCCGUGACGGAUGCUAACAAUAGGUGGUUUGUGAAAAGAAGAUAUCGAAAUUUUGAGAAAUUGCAUCGGCAUCUUAAGGACAUCCCCAAUUAUACGCUGCAUUUACCUCCCAAAAGGAUAUUCUCAUCAAGCACAGAGGACGCUUUUGUCCAUCAGCGUUGUAUUCAGCUUGACAAGUAUCUGCAAGAUCUGUUAUCAAUUGCCAAUGUUGCUGAACAACAUGAAGUAUGGGAUUUUUUGAGCCCCUCCUCCAAGAAUUACUCGUUCGAGAAAUCGUCUUCCGUGAUGAGAACUCUGGCAGUUAAUGUGGAUGAUGCUAUGGAUGACAUUGCACGCCAGAUUAAAGGUGGUUUAAUGCGGACAGUUGUUGGUUUACCAUCCUCUUCUUAUGAACAAGCUUCUUCAGUUACAAACAAGAACUUGUCCUGGAACUCUGAUGAUAUUCAUAAACUGGGUUUGAGGCAAAGUACCCCGGAGUCAAUUAACAGUUAUUCUGAUAAUGAGGAAGAAAAGGAUGUAAACCAUGUGCCAGAGAGAGUAAAUUCUUCAGCACAAGCCAAUGGGUGGCAUUCUGACAAUGAAUUGGACUUAAAUGGGCUUCCACCAAGGGUUGUUAAACGCAAUGAAGAUGUGCAAAACUUGGAUGCUGAUACAAUAGGUGGUUUGAGAGUGCAAUCUGAAUUACAUAGUGCGGGCAAAUUUCCAGAGGCAAGUUUAGCAUCAUCAUCAGUUCAUAAAGAGGAUAAAAUAGAGGUGCCUCCUGAGUGGACGCCUCCUAAUUUAAGUGUUCCGGUUCUGAAUUUAGUUGACAAGUUAUUUCAGCUCAAGAGAAGAGGCUGGCUAAGAAGGCAGGUCUUUUGGAUAUCAAAGCAAAUACUGCAGUUAAUUAUGGAAGAUGCCAUUGAUGACUGGCUAUUAAGACAAAUUCAUUGUCUCAGGAAAGAAGAUAAUAUUGCUCAGGGAAUACGAUGGAUCCAGGACGUUCUCUGGCCUGAUGGUACAUUCUUCCGGCCAUUAAAUACUCGAACUGAACUUGAAUAUCAAGAAAAUGAGGGAUCUCAGCUAACUACGAGGCCACAGGGUGGGAGUAAGGUCUUUAAACUGGGAACAUUUGAGGAACAGCUUGAAGCUUCUCGCAGGGCCAGGGAUGUGGAAAAAAUAAUUUUCAAUGGCGCUCCUACUACUUUGGUCAGCUUGAUUGGGCAGAAGCAGUAUAGACGCUGCGCUAGAGAUGUAUAUUAUUUCCUUCAGUCUUCUGUAUGUUUGAAGCAACUUGCUUAUGGAAUACUAGAACUACUACUACUAUCUGUCUUUCCUGAGCUUCGUGAAGUUGUGCUGGAUAUCCACGAGAAGAUGCGCGUUGAACCUGUAUAG